CGGACGCGGGAGCUGCGCGGCGGGGCCAAAGCCGGGAGCGGACUCGGUGGGGCUUGCGGAGGAGCCGCUGCGCCGCUUGCAGAUUUUUCUCCCGGCGACGCGCAUCUCUCCGGCUGGCCGCUACCUCGCCCGGCGUCCGGUCCGGACCGGGAGCGCUUUUGCUAUGCUCAGAGGAGAUCCUCCCGCCAUGCGCUGGGCGCUGCGGUGGCUGCUGCUGGCGGGGCUGCUGGGCUCGCCGCCCUGCGGAGGGGGCAUAUUAGGAGCAUCUGCUGAUCCUUCACCCACCAACGCGACUCUGCUUUCCGUCACCACCAUUUCUUCUUCCAAGAAAACAUCGGAGAACGUGACCACCUCGGCUCCCACUUCACUAGGGGCGCCCUUGAGCAAAGCUGCCACUCUGCCACCCUCCCCCACUUCUCCGCUUGGGGUGGACCCACCCAAGGUCGCUACAACGGUGACUUCUGUCAAAACCACCACCCCUUCUUUGCCCACGAAGCGUGGAGGCACUACCGACGCCGCCACCGCCGUCAUCGCUGCAAGCACAACGGCCUCGCGGGUUCCGGUGUUGUCUACCACCCACAUCACUUCUUCGGGGAUUGCUGUGAAAGACCUCCCCUCCACCGGCGGGACGACAACGGUGACCCUUUCUCCCUCCUCGCCUUCCUCCACAACGCCGGUGAGGUCCACAGCGGAGAGCCCAGGGUCUCCACUCACUCCUACAAAAAUUCCUGCCGUGCCUAGAAUUGUCAGUGCUCCUACAACUGUAGCGACUGUUGCGACCGCAAAAACCGGAACAACAAGCAAAGAUAAAUUAUCGACGUCGCUCACCUCGCCCAUCACGCUGUUGACAACCACGAUGGCCAAACCUUCAGCACCUCCCAGCAGCUCCACCGUUCACUCCUCAAGUAGCGGCUUUUCCACUCGCCCAGAAUGGAAGCCGAUGCCUCCGGCUUUGACCCCGGGGACCACCAUUCCUCAGGAGUCUCAUGUCCCCUCUCCUUCCAUCCAGACGAACCUGAGUUCUGUGCAAGGCCAGACUAAG